AUGGGUAAUACAACGAUGUCUCUUUACCGCAACUCCGCGUGGUUUCUGAAAGGAAUGACUGAAUUCACCAGGAGUGCGUUCCUCUCUGCUGCCAAGCACUUUGUGGAAAAGGACCUGGAAGUGUCCAUGGCAGGCAGGGUCUUCAUGAUCACUGGAGCCAACAGUGGCAUAGGGAGAGCUACAGCCAUGGCCAUCGCCAAGAGAGGUGGUACAGUCCACAUGGUGUGCAGGAACAAGGACAAAGCAGAGGAGGCCAGGGCUGACAUUGUCAAGGAGUCAGGAAAUAAAGAAAUAUAUGUCCACAUUCUGGACCUAUCGGAGACACGGAAGGUUUGGGAAUUUGCAGACGCCUUCAAGAGGAAGUACAAAGCCUUGAAUGUACUGAUAAAUAAUGCAGGCUGCAUCAUGAGUGAGAGGGAUGUGAACGCUGAGGGGCUGGAGAAGAGCUUUGCCAGUAACGUCAUGGGUGUGUAUAUCCUGACCAGGGGACUGAUUCCCUUACUGGAGAAGAGUGCAGAGCCCAGAGUGAUCACAGUUUCAUCUGGAGGGAUGCUGGUCCAGAAGCUGAGGACAGGGAACCUGCAAACAGAAAUAGGCCGCUAUGACGGGACCAUGGUCUACGCACAGCACAAGAGGCAACAGGUGGUGAUGACAGAGCAGUGGGCCAAAACCCAUAGCAACAUCCACUUCUCAGUGAUGCAUCCUGGCUGGGUGGACACACCAGCUGUGGCCAAUGCCAUGCCUGACUUCCACCAGUCUAUGAAGGACAGCCUGAGGACCCCGGAGCAGGGGGCUGACACCGUGGUGUGGUUGGCCAUCUCAGAGGCCGCCGCCACCAAGCCCAGCGGAAGCUUCUUCCAGGAUCGGAGGAUGGUGUCGGCCCACCUGCCCCUGGCCUGGACCCACAGUUCCCCGUUGGAGCAGCAGAAGUUCAUGAGUGUGAUGGAGGAUCUGGCCAAGACCUUCCAGCCCCACUAA